AUGGCUUUAUUUUCGUCAAAUGAACGAACGAAAAAGCUUGGAUUUGGUCAAACUCCAUUUGAAAUUUUAUCAGAUUUUCUGGCCGGUCUCGAUAAAACAAACAAGAGUAAUUUGGACAACUUGUCAAAAUGCUGCGGAAAUUUCAAAGAAGAAAAAAUAAUUGAAUGUGUAUUCCUUAUCUGCAAGAAAUUGAGACUUGAUCCAACUGUUGGGUAUCACGCCACUGAGAUACUGGAGAGGUUUAUGACAAAGCACCUCGAGCGAAUAUACUCUAGUCAAAACUGUCAAACACUUCAAGGUGCCACAUGUGGACAGAAGACAAACUACGAGGACAUGGUCUUUGAGGAUGUGAACGAGAAGUUCUUUGUCUUCAUUCUCUCCAGUGUGCAAAUUGCAAGCAAGCUGGCCUUGCACUCUAGUGUCAUAGACAAUAAUGCAGCCAUGGAAUUCCUUCAUUCAGUUGGCCGAACAUGUUCUAAAGAAAAACUCAUGGAAUCUGAGCUUCUGAUUCUGAAAACCCUAGACUUCAACCUGAACCUCCCAAACCCUCUGUCUUAUGUGGAGACUCUACUGGAAAUACUGGGAUACAACGAUCCAUCUGUACCUGUGGCACACCUGCAUCAUCUCUGUAGGUAUACACUACAGUUCAUUUACUUGCAGAGGGGGCCAAUAUAUCAGUCAUUACUCGUUGUUGUCACUGGAUGCUCAAGCCCACCACCAGAACACAGGGUAAAGUUUGUGUCAGUGACUGAAGACUGUAUGCUUUUGGGUGUGGCUGUCAUUGCGGUGUCUGCAUUCAUUCAUAACAUCUCUACCUGGGAACAGGUGGUGGCAGAAUUAAACCUCAUCACUGGUAUCUCCAUACGCAGCAUAAUGGACUUUGCACAUGUUGUUUUGAUGCACAUCAGUGGAUGUCCCCCUUGCAAGCACCUAAAUCAGUGA